AAAGCUGGAACAGAGGUUCUUCAGUGGCGAGCCCACCAGGAAGAGGUAGCCAGACUGGAAAUGGAAAUUUCUGCCAGAAGAAGAGCAAAGGAAGAAGAGAAAGAGAAACUGUGGAAGAGGAAGGAAUUGUUACAAAGAGAAGAGAAGAAAAAAAAAAUAAGAAAAUACUGGGCUAAAAAAGAACAGAAAUGGCAAGAAAUGGAAAUGAGAGAUCUUCGGCGUCUAGAAGAACUGAAGAAAUUAAUGGCUGAACAGUCAGUAAAAGACAGAGAAAGGGUUAAAUAUAGACAAGAAUUAUUGGAAAAGCGUAUCAUGGAGAAAAAAGAAGUGGCCCUUCAAGAAGCACGUGAAGAAGUAGAGAGAGAGAAGCGACUAGAAGCCCUGAGGAAACAGGUUGCUAUUGUCGCUCAGUUUGAUCCUGUUAGAAUGAUGUCAGAUACAGUGGCAUCAAAAGCGAGGAUGGGUAUUGGAAUUGAAGAAGAACUUAUUCUUCAAAAGCCGCUCUUCACAUUGAGUACAUACAAUGAACAGCAGGAUGACAGAACAUGUAGCUUGGAGGCAAGCAAUAGAGGCCAUUUAUCUGUCUUUUACUCAAGCUUUCAAUUCUGUCGUACGUGGGAUGCCCAGCAGCCAGCUAAGAAAAUGUAA